GGAAAUUUUUAAAUAGUAAACUUUAUUAUGUAUUAUAUUUGCUCAAUCAAUCCCAUGAUCGGUGCUGACAUUUGAAUCCCUCGGUGAUGCAGUUCCAAUUCAAUUAAAGGUUUCACUCUUUUAAAUCAGUGCGGUGGAGAGGCUGGGGAUAAUUCUCCGGAGUCUGAUCAAAUAAGUGAUGGUCGGGAGUUGAGUAAUGAGGUUCCGGAGAUUGCUGUUGAUACCUAUCGAAUUACAAGGCUUGGCUUCACUUUGUUACCCUAACCCGGGUAAGGAUUGAACAAUUGUGUUUCUAUAGGUUUUGCUAUUUUCUUUUUUGAAAAUUUGAUUGUGUAAGUUUAAUUAUUUUCUUUAAUUUGAUUGGACACAUUAGUGAUGUGCUGAUGCAAUUGCCCAAAUGAUUAUACCGUCCACUCUUGCAAAAUCGAGGAACUAAAAGAUGUGUGUCUUUAUGGUUCUCUAAUAUUAUUGUUUUUAUUUGCAAGUAUAUAAUUUGAUGUUUUACUGGACCCGUAAACGUACUUGGAAUUCAUCUCAAACUGAAAUUAUUGAUGGUGAGCUAAGUAAAAAAUCUGGCAAUGGUGUAUAUGUAUUUUUGCAUAACAGAAUGGUUGUUAUGCAAAAUGACGAGGCACAGUCACCAAGCAAUAUGUAUACUCCUGGUGAUUGUAAGUGUUGUAGGUGAAAGUAGUGAGAGAGGCUAUGAUUUUGAUAGUAGAAGCGUGGAAAGAGAUUCCAGAUGCAUUUGAUGAGGUUUCACCACUUUUCGAGUCCCAAUCUUUUUCGAAAGGCUACAACUAUUUGAAGAUUCAUCCAGAUUUACAUUGUAAAUCAGAGUACAACACAUCAGGUUUAUUCGCCUUCGUCCGGCAGAACUGGACAACGUAUAUGGUGUUCACCGUCCAAUCACUCUAAUGCACACGAUAGUCACAGUACUGGGAAUGACCAACCAGCAGAAAGUGAAAAUGUUGAUCCGAAUAGAGCUACGAGGACAACUACUGAUACUGGGUUUGUUGAAUAAGAAGAGAAGUAGUGGGAGGCUGCUGAUGAAUUUGAUUAUAAGGAACUUGGUUCAGAGAAAUCAGGACGUGAUUCUGCUGGAAACGUUUAGCGUGAAUUUUGGAAAGAGUCCAUGUACCAGAAAGAUGGAUCAGUGCAUUUUGAGAAAACUGCAGACAAAUGGGGAAAGAAUGGUGCCUCUGGCCAAGCUGAGAAAUGUGCGCACAAGUGGUGCAGCGUCGACCCAAACACAUCCCAUGAGGCUAGACAUGAUGCGCAUGUCUGGCAUGAAAGAAUUUGGAUCAAAGUCUAUCACCCUGGCCGCAAUGAUGUGGUGUAGUCGGAAUCAUCAAAGAAUAUACACCAAAGUGGUAGUGUUUCUCUCAGUAGAAGUGUUAUCUAUAUUAUGUCGCAAACGAAGCUCGGAUUCCUAUGAAGAUGAAUUUCAAGCGAUGUACAGGUCAUGGUGUGAACAGAUAGAAAUACAGUCCAUUAACUCCAUUACUUUAAAUCAAGGUGUGGCCUGUUUAAGGUGUGGCAUGUACACUUAUGGUAGUUCUGUCAGGCACUUGUGAGCUGUUACCAAUGGGUGCCCCCAAGCAGAAAUGGACCUCAGAAGAAGAAGUUGCUCUUAAGGCUGGUGUCAAAAAACAUGAUGCAGGUAAGUGGCGUACGAUCCUUAAAGAUCCAGAGUUUAGCGGUGUGUUAUACCUGGGCUCAACUGUGGACCUCAAGGACAAGUGGAGGAACAUGAGUGUCAUCGCAGAUGGAUGGGGUUCUCGAGAGAAGGCUAGGUUGGCACUUAAAAGAAUGCACCAGAGUUCUAAAGAUGAUGAUAAUUUUAUGGCUCUUGCUCAUUUAGAUCAGAGCGAUGAAGAACUUUUCAAUGAGCAGCCUCUUGCAACUUCUAUGGUCCCUCUCCACAGAUUGGUAGUUCUAAGAGAUCUAUAAUAAGACUGGACAAUCUUAUUAUGGAAGAAAUAACCAACUUGAAGUAACUUGCUGGUUCUAAUAAGACUACUAUUGUUACAUACAUGGAGGAACAAUACUGGGCUCCUCCAAACUUUAAGACUCCUUUCUAAAUUGAAGUUUUUGACUAAUUCUGUUAGACUGCUAAAUUAAAUUUUGAUUUUUUUAGAAUAUUACUGUAUAGAAGAAAUUAUCCGGAGCACGAACAAAAUUUUGACUUCUAUUUUUAUCAUCUCAGGAGAUGUGGUAAGUUAUUUAAGUAUAUACAAAUAUUUGAAGCAUGUGGUCAUUGA